AGCAAAGCUUCUAAAUCUCAUUUCUUUCUUUGUUUCUCUCUCAUACCACAACCUUUCUCUCCUUCUCCGAUUCCGUUACUCACUCAAAUCUCUCCACCGGCUCUUUUGGGUUUCUCCGUCACUAACUGAUCGGAGAAGAGCAUUCCGGUUGGUGAGCGUAGGUCAUUGGGUUAUCAUUACCACCUGCGCUGCGCUUCACUCAUUCGUCGAUUAUGGAAAUUGACGAUCCCAAAUCCAACUCCUCUGAUCAGAUAACCCCUAAAUUCUCUAUCAAUGUGUUGCAGCUAUUGAAAUCUGCUCAGAUGCAGCAUGGAUUGAGGCAUGGAGACUACACACGCUAUCGGAGGUAUUGUACGGCUCGGCUGAGGAGGCUGUAUAAAUCGUUGAAGUUCACUCAUGGCCGUGGGAAAUACAACCGGCGACUGUUAACUGAAUCCACUGUAACUGAAGUGAGAUUUCUUCAUCUAGUUCUUUAUACGGCGGAGAGAGCUUGGAGCCAUGCCAUGGAAAAGAGACAGCUGCCAGAUGGUCCAAAUGCACGCCAGAGAAUCUAUUUGAUUGGUAGGCUUAGGAAGGCAGUUAAGUGGGCUACACUUUUUGCACAGUUGUGUGCAACUAAAGGAGACUCGAGAACUUCUUUAGAAGCUGAGGCGUAUGCCUCCUUUAUGAAAGGGAAUUUGUUAUUUGAACAAGACCAAAAUUGGGAGAUAGCCUUGAAAAACUUCAAAAGUGCCAGGGCUGUGUACGAGGAACUUGGGAAGUAUGGAGACCUAGAAAACCAAGUUUUGUGUCGUGAACGUGUUGAGGAACUAGAACCUAGCAUCCGAUACUGCCUACAUAAGAUUGGCGAGUCAAAUCUGCAAGCCUCUGAACUUCUAAACAUUGGUGAGAUGGAAGGUCCAGCACUUGACCUCUUUAAGGCUAAACUGGAGGCUGUUAUGGCGGAAACGAGAUCUCAACAAGCUGCAUCAUUGACUGAGUUCCAUUGGCUUGGUCACAGGUUUCCAAUAUCUAAUGCUAAAACAAGGGUUGCCAUUUUAAAAGCUCAGGAUUUGGAGAAGGAUUUACAUGGUCCAACAGCUGAUUCACUUCCCGGGGAGAAAAAACUUGCCAUUUUUGACAAAGUUUUUACUGCUUAUCAUGAAGCUAGGAGCUUUAUCCGUAGUGAUUUGGUCAGUGCAGGUAGUUCUGAAUCUGCGAAAGAUGACCUAAAUGGUCUUGAUAAAGCUGUUGGUGCUGUAUUAGGACAAAGAACCAUUGAACGCAACCAAUUGUUGGUUAGCAUUGCAAAGAGUAAGCUUACCAGGCAACGUGAUGACAAAAAUGAGAAAGCCACCAAACCUGAAGAGCUUGUUCGUUUGUAUGACCUCUUACUGCAGAAUACUUCUGAUCUGUCUGAUUUAGUCAGUUCUGGAAGAGACAGAAAGCCCGAAGAAAUUGCUUUUGCUGAAGACUGUGAAUUGAAAAGUUUGGCCUUCCGAGCCCAGAGGUGUUUCUUUUUGGGGAAAUCAUACAGUAUGGCUGGUAUGAGGGCAGAAGCUUACACAUUGUACUGUCGUGCUCGUUCUCUUGCUGAGGACGCGUUAAAGAAAUACCAGGCUACUGGUGAUGGUGGUCAGAUAAUGAUCAAAGAGUUGAAGACGUUGUGUGAGGAGUGCAGAUCCAACAUAUGUAUAGAACACGCAACAGGUAUCAUGGAAGAACUGAAGGCUCCUGAAAAUCUAUCGAAAAAGAUAUCUAAUAUUUCAUUAACUGGAGAUGACAAGAAGUUGGAGAAAUACCUUCUUGAGAAACUUGAGAGCUAUGAAUCUGCGGUUGGCGAUCCAACGGUGAAAAGUGUUCCACGCAUUGAAGCUUUCCCUCCAGCCUUUCAGGCAAUUCCACGGAAUCCCAUUGUCCUGGACCUCGCCUACAACUUUAUUGAUUUUCCAUCUCUUGAUAAUAGGAUGAAGAAAGACAAAAAGGGUUUCAUUAGCAGGCUUUGGCGAUGAGUGUACUUGGCGAUUUGCUACCAACAAACUCUCUUCAAAUUUGAGGAUUUUUUUUUUAACCCUGAUCAGUUCUUUGGCAUUUGUUAAUUUUCUAUUGUGUUUAAGCAAAUUUUGGUUGAGAAAUUUUGGACUUACCAAGAUUUUGAUAGAAGCAAUUUAGCAUAUAAUACAAUGAGCUAAUGCCCCCUUUGUCCAUGGAAAUAGAAAGAAAAAUAGGUGUUGCUAGUACUUAAUAAUGGUUUUCUUGCUGUUGGAUGAAAUGUAAUGUAACAUUCAAUUUUACAUUUUAA